AUGUUCUUCCUCACUGGUCUCGCUCUCCUCUUCACCGCAGGAUUCCAUUUUGGUGCUGCCCAAGUGGAUAAUUGUGCUCGCAAUUACACUGUCCAUCUUGGUGACACCUGCGAUGCGAUAUCGGCUGCACAGAACUCUUCUACCUAUCAGCUCGCCUCGGUGAACACCAACAUUAACGUCGGAUGUACCAACUUGGCUUUGGGCGAAGUCCUCUGCCUAGGCAUUACCGGCCAAGAUUGCACGGACACCUACGUGAUUGUUUCAGGGGAUAACUGCGUUGCUAUUGCCGCUGCCGAGGGCACCACCUACGACAUUCUUUUGGCUAACAACCCCAACGUGGAUGCGACUUGUGCUAAUAUCUAUCCAGGAGAGGUCCUGUGCGUCGCGCCUGAAGAGGUGUACGCGUAA